AUAGAGAACCUGUAUAUUAAUACUGAUAUCAGAUAUAGAUUUGCUACCACCACUGUAUCUAGUACCAUAUCAAAUCCUACGUAUGUCACCCGAGAAAUAGACAUGGAUGUAAUCCUGCCAGAAAAUGCAUUUAUUUCAUCUUUUGUCAUGGAUAUUGAAGGCAAAGAAUACCAGGGUCACGUGGAAGAAAAGUCAACAGCCAAGCGAAAAUAUCUGAAAGCUAAGAAAGAGGGAGAAAGCGCAGGUCAUUUAGCUGCCAGACCUCGAGAUACCAACAGAUUUAUUGUACAAGUUAAUAUCAAGGCACACAAGAAAGUGGCAUUCAAUUUGACCUAUCAAGAAGUGUUACGACGAAAGAAGGGAUAUUAUGACCAUACAGUUUACAUUAACCCUGGAGAGCCCGUCGAUGAUUUAAGGGUUAACGUCAACCUCGUAGAAUCUCGUUAUAUAACGUUCCUGAGAGUUCCACCAAUCAGAGAUGAUCUACUAUCGAGCAUGGAUAUGUCAAGUAUGUAUCUAAAAGAGCUACCAAACAAUGUGACCGCCCAUAUUAGUUUCCAUCCUACUACUCAGGAACAGAUGAACUCUAACCCGUGGGGUAUAUCAGGAAUGUUCAGUGUUCUCUAUGACAUUGAACGUGAUUUUGACGCUGGUGAUGUUUUGAUUAUUGAUGGAUAUUUUGUUCAUUUUUUCGCACCCAAAUUAACCUACCCAUUGCCAAAAGAUAUUUUGUUUAUAUUGGAUACCAGUGUUUCCAUGGAUUUUGGUAAACUAGAUCAGCUGAAAUCUGCUAUGAGAGUUAUUCUAAACCAACUUCGACCUGGCGAUAGAUUUAAUAUCCUGGAUUUUAACACCUACUCUGACUUUUGGAACAAUGAAGAUAUGGUUCCUGUAAAUGACGUCACAUUACUGAAGGCAAUGGAGCAGAUAGAUAAUUUACAGACACAAGGAGCAACCGAUAUAAACGAGGCUAUGGUAAAGGGGGUUAAUUUUCUUUAUGAUCAUGCUAGUGAACACAACAGAUCAGUCGUCAUCUUUUUAACUGAUGGGAGAUCAACUGUUGGUGAGACUCUGGACUCCGAAAUCUUGAAAAACAUCCGUGACGAAAAUCGUUAUCAUAUCCCUAUUUACACACUUGCUUUCGGAGCUUAUGCCGAUUGGCCUCUCAUGAAGAAGAUUGCCGUCCAAAACGAAGGAUUCGCACGACGUAUUUAUGAGGAAGCAGAUUCGGCUCUUCAAAUUCAAGGUUUCUACGAUGAAGUGUCAACAUCCAUGGUAACAGAUUUAGAUUUUGACUAUUUGGACGAAAGCGUUGAUCGAGACACAAUUACCAGUCGAAAAUUCAGUAACUACUUUAACGGCUCUGAGCUCUUGGUGGCUGGAAGAAUUGCUAAUGGAUCAUGGGAAAUACCAAUCAAUGUCCACGGAAACACCUCACUGGGCGAAAUGGAGCUAACCCUUGCUGCCCGAGAAGAGCGAGAAGAGGCUAGGGAGGAAUUUAAAGGAAUCACAGAGAAGAUGUGGGCUUAUCUUGCUAUUCAAGAUAUUCUAAGAAAGCGAGACGGUGCAAUAGAUGAAGACGAGCGAGAGGACUUGAAACAGCAGGCUAUUGAUCUUUCCCUUAAGUAUAACUUAGUAACACCAGUAACAUCUAUGGUAGUUACUAAACCAGGAGAUACUGAUCAGAGUGACCAAAGUGAUCUGAUUAGUACACAUGAAGGCGAAGGUAAGUAG